AUGUCCUCCCCCGACACCCCCGCUGCCCCUGCGGUCAACGUGUCCAAGGGCAUGCGCAAGAACGGAAAAAAUUGGCACGAUACCAAGAAACCUUUUCGCCCCAGUGCCGGUUUAACAUCUUAUGCUAAGCGCCAGGAAGCGCGCAAGCAUCAAGAGGCUGUCAAAGAACAAGAACGGGAAAUGAAGGCAGAGAAAGAAGCUGAACGUCAGGCGCACGUUCAACGAAUCAAGGACCGUCGUGCGGCCAAGGAGGAGAAGGAGCGUUAUGAGAAGAUGGCCGAGAAGAUGCAUCACAAGCGGAUUGACCGCCUGCGUCGUCGCGAGAAGCGCAACAAGCUUCUGAAUUCAUGA